CUGACUUUUCUAUGUCCUAAAAAAUAUUAAUUGUAAAUAAUAGAAAUUUACUUGACUUGUUUUCCAGAUGAGUGCAUCUAAACCCAAUGAAAGCGUUAAGAGGAGAAACAAAAACUUACUGAAUAACAGCGAGCAGGAGUUUGUAGCCGGCAGGAGAAACACUGUUCUACAAUCCCUGAAGAAGCUUAAGAUUCAAUGCAGUCGGAAAGAGGUGCCAAACAUUGCAUUACUGGGUUCUGGAGGAGGACAAAGAGCCAUGGUGGGUUUGCUGGGAUCCCUGGUUCAGCUUGAUAAAGCGGGUCUUCUGGACUGCAUCCUUUAUCUGAGCGGAGUCUCUGGAUCCACCUGGUGCAUGGCCUCCUUAUACAAAGAACCAGACUGGUCCACCAAACUAGAAACUGUGAAGAACAAAAUCCUUGAGAGAAUCAGAGGUCCUGAAGUCAGCUUGACAGACGCAAUGGCCAAACUGAAGAAAUAUUACUAUGGAAAAGACUUUUUCAGCUUGACUGACGUCUGGGCAGUGCUGGCUGUCACAUCAUAUGUGAAAGAGAUCGAUGAGCACACAAUCACAGAGCAGCGGAACCAGCACAAUAAAGACCCCUUUCCCAUCUAUGCAGUGAUCGACAAGCAAACCAAACAGAGCAAAGACGGAGACCCCUGGUUUGAGAUCAAUCCAUAUGAAGCAGGUUAUUCUCUCUCUGGAGUGUUUGUGGACACCGGCAACUUUGGCAGCCAGUUUCACAAAGGCUCAAAGAUAAAACAUCAAGAUGAAUUUGACAUUCUGUACCUGCAAGCUCUUUGCGGCAGCGCUUUAGGGGAUGAAGAGGAUAUUAAGAAAUCCUUGUGGCCAAAGAUAAAAGAUUUCUUUCAAAACGAAACAACAAUUGAGGCAAUGCGAAAAGACGAUCCAAUCUCCCUGUCUGUAGACGAAUGUCACCGGGCGCUCAUGGAUCUUGUAAACAUGAAUCUCUCUGUUUUGAAGGGCGAAGAUCCUUCUGGUUUUGAUAAAUCCAUCAGAACAAAUUUGAACGAGCUCUCUGGAGGCAAAAUUCAGCCGAUUUAUAAAAUGAAAACAGUGGAAACUGCUGAUAAAAGAGCAGAUAAACGGUAUACAAACCGUGUCACCCUGGAUGUCUGUGAAUAUUUGAGAAGUCGGAACAGUAAUUGGCUAGUUGAUAUUUGGAUAAGUAUUUGUAAAUGCAUGGCUGAGUGGAUCUGGGGAAGGAAAUAUAACUUCCUCCACAACAUGACAGAUGAAGCAGUGAACUCCACUCUUCUGCAAAGUGAGACGAGAGACUAUAUAGAUGCCGGACUGUUGCUGAACUCACCCUACUUCUCAGUGCUGAGAGAAGACCGAGACAUUGACCUCAUCAUUUCCCUGGACUUCAGUGAAGGAGAUUCUUUCAUGACAGUAAAUGGAGCUUCUGACACUUGCAAGAAACUAAAGAUCCCUUUUCCUGAAGUCAGUGUUCCCAGUGAUAAAGGAAAGAAACCAAAGGACUUCUAUGUGUUCAAAGGCCAAAACGCUCCAACCGUGAUCCACAUCCCUCUGUUUAAUGCGGUCAACUGUGGAGAUAAAGUUGAGGACUGGAGGAAAAAAUAUCGCACCUUUCAAGGUUCUUACAGCGCUGAGAUGAUCGCUGAUCUUAUGGACGUCGCUGGAAAAAACAUCUCAAACAACAGAGAGAAACUCAAGGAGCAGAUUCGGGCGGUCAUUGAAGAAAAAGAUUGGGACUGAAUAUAAAAUAAAAAUCAUUUC